CUGUCUGCACGUUGUCGGGUUUCAACUGAGAGAAACACACCUUGAGAGUUAGAAUCGUAGGAUCUUAGAAUCUUACAGCACAGAACGAGGCCAUUCGGCCCAUCCUCCCGGUGUUGGCCCCUCCACAACUAGUCUUGCUCACCCCCCCACCCACAACCCCCGCCCGCUGCUCUUAGCCCAGAGCUUGCAAAUCGUCUUCAAGUCCCUAUCCGAUUCCCUUUCGGACGUUACCAGCAGAGUCUGUGGCUUCUUCGAAGGCUAUGGCUCCGAAGAAAGAUCCGAAGAAGCCAGCGAGCUCUCCCGGCAAACCAAUAGCUAAGGGGGGGAAUCCAACAGCCUCUGCUGGCAAACCGGCGGCGGCAAAACCAGCAGCGGCAAAACCAGCAGCGGCAAAACCAGCAGCCCCCCCGCCAAAACCAGUAGAAAAAGCACCAGAGAUUCCCCCGGUGCCCAAACCACCUCAGGAGCCUGCGUAUGACCUCUCGAACCUGCAGUCUGACUACUCCGAGGAGCAAAUUUCUGAAUUCCGGGAGACCUUCACUCUGUUUGACAGGUGCGGGAAUGGGCAGAUCCUGUUCAGCCAGUGCGGAGAUGUCAUGAGAGCUCUCGGCCAGAAUCCCACCAAUUUGGAGGUGCAGAAGGUCCUGGGGAACCCCAGUUCUGAGGACAUGAAUCGAAAGUGCCUGGACUUUGACCAGUUCCUUCCCAUGUUGAUCGCUGUUGGAAAGAACCGGGACCAAGGAACCUUCGAGGACUUUGUGGAGGGUCUUCGUGUCUUUGACAAGGAAGGCAACGGCACAGUCAUGGGGGCUGAGAUGCGUCAUGUACUCGCUACUCUAGGAGAGAAGAUGACUGAAGAGGAGGUGGAAACUCUCUUGACCGGUCACGAGGAUGCCAACGGCUGCAUCAACUAUGAGGCGUUUGUCAGACACAUCAUGUCAGGGUGAACGAUUAAUCCAUGAGCUGGUCCGGAUGGUGAUGAACGGUUGACACAGUUUCCUGGAGUCUGAACUGAAGUGCCUUUUCUACUCACAUCUAUAAACCUCACUUUUAAAACUUGGGAGGGAGGGGG